ACACACACACACACACACACACAGACGAACAGCUUUGACCUGCAGUGAGGCUGGGAAUGGAGUUUGAGAAGAAAAUCAGGUGAAACAGGUGAAGAAAUGCACCACAGAAGAGUCUCUCUCACAGACCAGGUGGGAGAAAAGGGCAGGUAUGAGACUCCGCCCACCUCCGAUCUCUACAGGUUACUGUGGAUCAACCCGGGCAGCAGCAGCCACAUGGAUGAGGUCAGACCGGGCAUCUACAUCGGAGACCUGUAUGCAGCUAAAGACAAGCCCAUGUUACAGGCCCUGAACAUCAGUCAUGUGUUAAACGCAGCUCACGGUAAAUACAACGUGAACACAGGAGCGAGUUACUACAGAGGCACCAACAUCGAGUACCUCGGCGUGGAGGCCUUCGACAUGCCCAACUUCGACAUCAGCCCCUUCUUCCACAGCGCCGCCAAGUUCAUCAAGAAUGCAGUGAGCACCCCUGGAGGUAAGGUGUUAGUGCACUGUGCGAUGGGUCUGAGCCGCUCGUCCACGCUGGUCCUCGCCUACCUGAUGAUGGAGGAGAAGAUGACGCUGGUGGAGGCCAUCACUGCAGUGGCGCCACACAGGAACAUCUGCCCCAACACGGGCUUCCUGGAGCAGCUGCGCACACUCGACACACAGCUGCAGAACAGACACAGCGCCAUCUAGUGUUGUCUUAAUAAAUUAUCAUCAUGAUUUCUGGGGCGUCCAGAUUGUA